AUGACUAUGCUUGCAAAGCAUGAUAAAUCACUCUAUAAGAUUACUGAGAAGAAAAGGUAUACCUUCAAAUACCUUCCUGGUGCUUCGCGCAGCAACAAUGAGAUCCUGCUUAUUCAGGUGAUUGAUUAUAGUCACACAGAAGCCAUGGAUGUUACCAAUAAGAAUGAUUAUGUUGAGAUGGCAAAGAAUAUCGAGAAAUUGCCUGUUCAUACCCAUAAGGGAAAUGACUAUGACAACUCUGUUAUAUAUGUCCACUUGAGUGGUAUGGAGAUUCCUUGUACCCCAGUCAUGGUAAAGGAUUGGGCUCGUGCAAUGUAUGAUGGUGAAGCUAUGACUUCAAUGCCACCAAAUAUUCAAUCAUUUAAUCCUGCAAAACAAGAGCCUGUAUUGCACCUAAUGUACCAUGCUGCAUUAACCACACCAAUGGUUCCUCCUGUGCCUUCGACUGUAAGUGCUAGUGACAUCAGCUCACUUGAUUCAAUGCUUCUGUUACGGACUAUUCAAGAUCUUGCCCAUAACCAAGACCAUGCUGCAAUUUCUUCAACACCUUUGCCUACAGUCAAUACUUCUGUCCUUGCUUGUUCACCUGUUAUCUUGACACCAUCAAAACUUACUUGCUUCUUGAAGUAUGCUGAGCAGGAACUUGGUGUUACUCAUGUAACAGUGUAUGAAUCCUCCUUGGGUAGUAUUGGAGCUGGACCGGACAUCCUCGCAGAGAUUGCUGACCAUGAACUCACUCACAUUGGGCUGACCCUAGGUGACAUCAUUUGUUUGAAGAAAGGAAGUGUCACUUGA